AUGAUUAAUGUUGCGGGCGUCGUGAGCAUUGUGCUCUUCUACGCUCUCAUCCUGGUGGUGGGCAUUUGGGCCGGUCGCAAAAAGCAGGCGGGCAACGAUUCCGAGGAGGAGGUGAUGCUGGCUGGACGCUCCAUUGGCCUGUUCGUUGGCAUCUUCACCAUGACCGCCACCUGGGUGGGUGGCGGCUAUAUCAAUGGCACGGCCGAGGCCAUCUACACAUCGGGUCUGGUCUGGUGCCAGGCUCCCUUUGGCUAUGCUCUCAGCUUGGUUUUCGGUGGCAUAUUCUUUGCCAAUCCCAUGCGCAAGCAGGGCUACAUCACCAUGCUGGAUCCUCUCCAGGACUCGUUCGGGGAGCGCAUGGGUGGCCUGCUCUUCUUGCCCGCCCUCUGCGGUGAGGUGUUCUGGGCAGCUGGCAUAUUGGCCGCCUUGGGCGCCACUUUGUCGGUGAUCAUUGACAUGGAUCAUCGCACUUCGGUCAUUCUGUCCUCCUGCAUUGCAAUUUUCUACACACUCUUCGGCGGCCUGUAUUCCGUGGCCUACACGGAUGUGAUACAGUUGUUCUGCAUUUUCAUCGGCCUAUGGAUGUGCAUCCCCUUCGCCUGGACCAACGAGCAUGUGGGCAGCCUCAGCGACCUUCAGGUGGACUGGAUAGGGCACGUGGAGCCAAAAAAACACUGGUUGUACAUAGACUACGGGCUGCUACUGGUCUUCGGGGGCAUUCCCUGGCAGGUGUACUUCCAGCGUGUGCUCUCCAGCAAGACGGCUGGACGGGCUCAGCUCCUGUCCUACGUGGCUGCUGCCGGAUGCAUUCUGAUGGCCAUUCCGCCUGUCCUGAUUGGUGCCAUAGCCAAGGCCACACCUUGGAACGAAACGGAUUACAAGGGUCCCUAUCCACUGACUGUGGAUGAGACGAGCAUGAUAUUGCCCAUGGUGCUGCAGUAUCUGACACCCGACUUUGUGUCCUUCUUCGGGCUGGGCGCCGUCUCCGCUGCUGUCAUGUCAUCCGCCGACUCGUCCGUGCUGUCGGCUGCCUCGAUGUUUGCACGCAACGUUUACCGAUUGAUUUUCCGUCAGAAGGCUUCCGAGAUGGAAAUCAUUUGGGUAAUGCGCGUGUCCAUCAUUGUGGUUGGCAUUCUGGCCACCAUUAUGGCCCUCACAAUUCCCUCCAUAUACGGCUUGUGGUCCAUGUGCUCGGAUCUGGUCUACGUCAUAUUGUUCCCCCAGCUUCUGAUGGUGGUGCACUUCAAGAAGCACUGCAACACGUACGGCAGCCUGGCCGCCUACAUUGUGGCACUGAUAAUCCGGCUAUCGGGUGGCGAGGCCAUACUAGGACUACCCGCCCUCAUCAAAUAUCCCGGCUACGAUGAGGACACGCAGGAGCAGAUGUUCCCCUUCCGCACAAUGGCCAUGUUGCUCAGCCUAAUAACCCUAGUCUUCGUCUCCUGGUGGACCAAAAUGAUGUUCGAGUCUGGAAAGUUGCCGCCUAGCUACGACUAUUUCCGCUGCGUGGUCAACAUUCCCGAGGAUGUGCAGCGCGUGGGCGAUCCGUCGGAGUCCGGAGAGCAGCUGUCGGUGAUGGCUGGCCCCCUGGCACGUUCCUAUGGCGCUGCCACUAUGGCGGGCAAGGACGAGCGUAACGGACGCAUCAAUCCUGCCUUGGAGUCCGACGACGAUCUACCUGUGGCGGAGGCGCGACGCAUGAACCAGCAGACGGCACAGGCGCAGGUGAAGAAGAUGCUGGACACGGCCACUGGCAGCGGUGGCGGACAGUUGGGCCAGUCCGGCAUGGCCAUACCCACGCCAGAGCAGGACAAUACGGCCUUCUGAGUGGAGUAGUAGUAGUAGUCCCAGCAGAUGUGGAUGUCGAUGUGGAUGCGGAUGUGUCCCAGGUGGUAAGUGUCGAGGUUAAGGGGGAGCCUGCAAGUAUGCUACCGUUUUAUCCGUUGAGUUUUUAGAUUUUGAGUUGCGCUUGUUAGGGAUGGGAUGGGAUGGAGUGGAAUGGAAUGGAAUGGUGGAAGCGGGAAGCAGAAAGUAUUUUGAAACGUACGUUAAACACACAAGUGCUCAGGGUAUAAAGUGCAGAAAGCUGACUGUAAAAUUAACGUAUAAUUUAGCCAAUUUAUCUCGUAUAUCAAUUAUGUAUAGGUUUCCACAAGCUUAAAGCGUUAUAUUCUAUGGAUUUCGAAAUUGAUUUCUGUUGUUGUUGACUUUUAUGUUGCUAGUCGUGAAAAUAUAUAGUACUUAUGUAUAAAUGUCGAAAAUGAAAUCCGAAAUGCGGAAAUCGAUCAACUGAAUAUCUGAUUCAGAAAUCGAUGAACUCAAUACAUAUCAAAUGCAUUUUCCAUUGGAGAGAAUUGCAUUCAAAUCUAGGCAAUACAAAGAGCAUACACACACUAUUUAUCUUUGAAAAGUGGCUGCAAAGUUAGGCCUACGAAUAGCAAUACGAAUCGGCAUUCCCCAAUUAGCAUAUCGGAGGACCUGCGCAUAAACUCGUACUUUACAGAUGCAUAUAAUGUGAAUCAUGUGUCCUUCCAUAACGAACAAAGAACAAAGCAAAGCAAACUAACCACAAAUAAACGCAAACGAAACAUAUCAAAAUAAAGGCGGAACUAGUAAUAUAUUAUAGCAAAAAGUACAUAUCAUUUGUGUAACUGUUGUUUUGUAAGCUAUAUAGGAGAUAUCGAGAUACCCUACCAUACCACAUAUUGUAUGUAAACAACAAAAUAGUUGCGUAAGUGAGAGCAUCUUGAGGGGCAUAUUGAGUUACACAUAUAGACAAAUGAAUUUUAGCUGCUCUCAAAGAGCAAAAACCACAGAAGAAGUACAUAUAGUAUUGCAGAACAUACUCGUACAGUACAGACAUAUGUAAAAUGUUGCGUCGUAGUACCUAAUAAUAUACCUAUACAUAUGUACAACCAUAUAUACAUACAUACCUACAUAUAAAUAUACAUACGAUAUAUAAAAAGACAGACACUGAAUUUAGAAAGUUAUAACCAAAAAGAGACACCUGCGAAAGGAAUUCUAGUCUACGUACACACGCUGCCUAAGACCCAAAAAAACCUGAACCUGAAUCUGAACCCAAAUCUGAACCAUAAAUCUAAUUCGAAAUCGAAAUCGGAGACCCCAAAUAACCAUAAUAACGAUUACUAUGAGGUGGGUUUUUUUCAGAUAUUAAUGUAUAAUCGAGAGAGAUGUGGAUGUUGGUUCCUCUUUUUUGUCAUUCUCAAAUGGCUCGUUUGUUAAAGUUACGUCCCGUUGGCAAGAAGAACUAAACUAAACAAAACUAAAAUCUUACCAAAAACUCAACUCAACUAAGCUAAUAUGCAAACCUAACUGGACACAGUGUUAAACCCGUAUGUAUACCCGUAUAUAACUCACUUAAGUGUAAUGAAUGUUGACUGCUUUUUGAUUGAGCCUCAUAUAUGUUUGUUGUAUUGGGGUCAUAAAUGUUUUUUAACGUUUACAUAAGCGGAACUGAGUGUUUGAACCAUCUAGGAAUACAUACAAUACUACAUAUAUACGAUAUAUCAUACCAAAUCUGUUCGUUGUUAUUGUUAUUAUCUCUUACUUCAGAUCUGAGUGUGUACAUUUCGAUAAAGUUCAAAUUGAAUCAAAUCAAAUCCGUUUUAUCCAAAACUCUUAAAGUAAAUUCCGACAAAAACUAUAUAUGCAUAUAUGUAACUCUAUGAAUGUGUUUUGAUUUCUCUUAAGAGUUCUUUCGAGCAGUUUAAUCCACUUUGUAUAUAAUCAAGUUACUUGAAUUGUUUGUAAUGUUACCAUCAACCAAAACUAAAACCACCAAAUAAUUUAUGCAUUAAACGAGACGAUCCUGCGAUGGCCACCCCUCGCUUGGGCUCGCAUCGAAAUAAACUAAACAAAAACCUA